AUGAAAUCAUUGGAAAAAUUGACAUCAGAUGUGUUGGAGUGCUAUUAUGCCAAUAAUUGUAGUGUCGAGCAAUGGGAGGUUAUUAAGGAUAAUUUAUUUGCAAUCGAACAAAUUGACGCAUUCGCUAAAUUUCCAAGCGCCGAUAUCCUAAGAUUAAAAACCAUAUACGAUGGGUCUUAUGAGGAAUGCAAGGCAUCUAGUGGAGCUCAUUAUAAGACUAACUAUUGCUAUUUGAUAUUGUCUAUGGGAAAGAAUAUAAAACUGGCGAUUUGUGUACCAAAAUCAUGUGGAAGAGAGGAUAUUACAAGAAUGUUCAACAAAAUUUCUCAAAUUCCUCUAAUCGCUUGCGAUGCGUAUUGCACCGAUUAUGCCAUCGAAAAAGACUCAACAUUUUGGGCAUUGAAUGCCUUUUUGGGAAUCACCAUUGCAAUCGUGUUGAUAUCAACCAUAACAUGCAUUCGUCAUUUUUUAAUUAUUCCAGAAUAUCUAAAUGCAUUCUCAUUGUGGACAAACUCAAAUAAACUUCUCAUUGUGCGAGAUCACAAGAAUGGAGUGAUCCAAUCACUCGAUUGCAUACGAUUUUUCUCGCUGAGCUGGGUCAUUGCGGGACACUGUACAACAAUUUUUGGAUUCUCUGAUACUAUUCUUCCAAUUGCUGACGUUCCCAAAAAUCUACUAAACCAUUUAAUAAUUGGUGGAACAUUCGCAGUGGAUACAAUCACUCCACCUAUGAUAAUGACAAUAUGGUUUUUUAUAGUUUACGCUCCUUACAUCAGAGGUCCAGCAGCGGCAGUAGCAAUGAACCAGCAUUUGAUGGAAGCUGAAACUUGUCGUCGAAAAUGGUGGAAGAAUUUAUUGUAUAUAAAUAAUUUUGGCAAUUUAAUGGAUCUGUGUUAUGCGCCUUCUUGGUACAUGUCAGUCGACACUCAAUUGUAUUUCGUCGCUCCAAUCUUCAUUAUAGCAUUGUCCAUUUCCCGAAAAUUUGGAUGUAUUCUACUAGGGACCAUCGGUGUCAUAAGCAUCGCAAUUGUUCACAUAUUAUUUGCCACUUAUGACCUACCCGUCGAUGUGAUUGGCAAAGGAGAUUUCUUGAAAUUCUUUGUCAAAAUCUACAUAAAACCAUGGAUUCGAUGUCCACCUUAUUUAAUCGGGGUUUUUGUUGGAUACGUGCUUGCUCGAAUUCAACCGCAACGAAUUACCAAACGCAUUCCAUUAAUCGUUUUGGGAUGGAGCGUUGCUGUUAGUAUUGCCCUUACAUGUAUUUUUAUCACAUAUCAAUAUGAUAAGGGCGAGCAGAAUUGGAGCGCAUUCACUAGGGCAACUUAUUACAAUUUGUCGCGGAUCUUCUGGUCGAUGUCUGUUGCUUGGGUCAUCGUCGCAAAUUCGAUUGGCUGGGGAGGACCCAUCAAAAAUUUCAUGUCUCACCCAAUCUGGCAGCCAUUCGGACGACUCUCCUACUGCGCUUACAUCGUCCAUUGGAUGGUGAUUCUCUAUUUCGUGAAUAUUGGCGAUCGGCCUCUUCAUUUAGUAUCGUUAUGGCAAGUGUACGUUUACUAUGCGAUUCCGGUCACAGUGUUAACAUUCUUAUUGGCCUUCAUUCUAAGUUGUCUGUAUGAAAUGCCAACGUCCCGACUGGAAUCAAUAUUCUGGAAAAACAUUGAAAGCGCUGAAACAAAGGCGAGAUUCGAGUGGGCUGUCGAAAAUCAACGAAAAAAUCUAUAUUAUAAUCGCGAUGUGUUUUAUAUAAACAAACUGUGA